AUGCAGGAAAAACGUCAAAGAAAGCAAAGGCCCAGCUACGUUUGCUUGGAAUGCAGGAGUAGAAAGUUGAAAUGUGAUAAAGCCAGACCUUAUUGUAACAGAUGCAAAAAAGAUGGUAAAGUUUGCGCUUACGAAUCAGAGAAUGCCAGCCAGAUAACCAUACCAGAUGAUUCUUCCAACCAUACUUUAAAGCUGUCCACGUCUUUUACUGAUAUAAGUACCGACGGUAACAGCAAUAUAGAUAGUGGCAGUACUCUUACAUUUCAUAGCCAUAAUUUAGGUAAUACCGUGUUCGACCUGGAGUACUUUAAACAUAAAAAUAUUACUAUUGACAUUCGAUUAGAUUUAUUGAAGCCAAGAGACACUUAUGUUACGUAUGGCUCGACUACAUACUAUGACAUGCCUCUCAGUUGCCAUUCUAUGAUUCAACAUGAUCCAUACAAGAGGGUUCUCUGUGCUUUUCUGCAUGGAAGCACUAUGGCUGAUCUACAAUAUAGACUGAAUGGGAUAUCAAACGAUACUGUAUAUUCUAAUGAACUACUAGGAAAUCAACUAAGCCCUUUAUCCUUCAUAGAAACUGUCAUAGCCAAGUGGGUUGAAAAAUCCAAUAAUUAUGUGACAAAUCAACUUCCUUUGGACUAUUUCAACACACUAUAUACAAUCGAAGAUACUAUGCACCCAAAUCUUCUUUCCUCCAUAAAGACCCUUUUAAGAGAGGUUGAAUUAAUAUUAGUGGAUAAACAGCAGAUCAAUUUACUACUAAAAAACUUCUACGAGAAUAUCUAUCCCUUUUUCCCAUUAAUUGAUAUACCUUCUUUUGAAAGAAAAAUAUCUGAAAUUUUGGUCGAGAUACCAGGUAACCGUUACGAAAUUAAGGUUUUUAACUCCAACAUAAGACCAAAAUUGGAAACGUUGGUUAUUUUCUUAUUGAUCUUAUCAAUUUCUUUGAGAAGUGAUAGUCUUUUGACCAAGAAAUCAGAUGACACUAAAAACAAUUCUUCAGAAACGGCGAAGCAAUUUGUAAUAUUCUCCCAGAAAUUGUUAUCUUUAUUGAAUGGAUUCAAAUUCACAAACGAGAACAUUCUUUGUUGCAUGCUUCUUAUUUUCAUUUCAGAAUAUUUGGACCCAGAAAAUGGAGCAACACAUUCUAUGCACAACGAUAUUUUAACUUUAAAGUGCGUAACUGAACUAGCAAAUACACUAGGUCUUUUUCAAGAUCCUUCAUAUUUUACGAGGUUUCAAAACAAUCCUGCCUUUGAAGAGUCUUUUUUUAUCUUUAGAAGAAGAUUGUGGAUUAGUCUCCAGUCACUGAGGUUACUUAUUAUCACGCAGGACGCUGGAUCAACUUGUAGAGAUUAUGAACAACUUAAAUGUUUCAUGCUUGACCAUCGCGAUGACUAUUUAUCGAAAAAUUUCAUGAAAGGCUUCAGGCAUGCCUCUGACUUUGACAGAAGACUAUUCAACGUUCAAAAAAACAAAUAUGAGUUCCACAUUAACUUAGUCCGUCUAAUGAACAGCCUGGCACCAAUUAAUAAUGGAACAUCAUUAGCCGAUGUGUUAGAGAACAUUGAAAGACUGAACGACUUCAUGAGCCAGAAGUUUCCUUAUUCUGAUCUCGUAAAUGGCCAUGCCUCUGAAAAGGAAUAUGUAGAUAUGCAUUUCAGAGGAGCAAAAGUGGAUAUCAAUAGCGUAGAAUUCGUUGAGAAUUUGACGGUUAAUUUGAUUGGCUUAAGCAGUCUUAUGUCUACCUAUAGUCUAUUAGCAGCACAUUUUGAAAUGAAAUCUGCUAAAGAUUGGGGCAGCUAUAAGGAACUUUACGAUAUGUUUUCCAUAGAAUGUAUCAGAAAAUACCUACAAUUGGCACGAAUAAUUCUGGACUACUUGAAUGGAAAACUCGCUUCUCGUAUCAAGGAAGAAUUUGAGUACUCUUUGAAUAAACUGGUAAUUUUUACUAUGGUAAAAAUAUGGCUUAUCCAAAUGGGCUUUUGUAUGAGGCUCUCCUUCAAAAGUGAAUUUAGAAAACUGCAGCAGCAGAAUAAAAGACUUACUUCGAAUAAUGAUGAGAAAAAAGUGUCUGAUCUACUUGUUACUUCUGUUAUGGACAAUCUUCGCAAUCAGAUAGAGCUUUUGACUAAUUCUGCAUCCGAUAAAUUAGGAAGUACCUAUUUCAGCUGUCAGCAAGCUGUGCUUAUGCUUAGAUACUUACUGUAUAUGAUUGAUAACAAUGUGUUAUCUAGUACUGUAACCGGUUUCUGGAACGGUGCAACAGUGAAAAGUCAAUCUUUUGAUCGUAUUAUUGACAAGAUAGGUAUGAAGUGGGGCAUUACUCCAAGAUACGACGAUAUUAUCAAUGACUAUUUAAUGAAUUCUGACGUAUUACAAAGUCUUGAUAUGGCACUUUUAGAAGGUGUGGAGUAUCUUUUUGGCAAUGCAAAAUUGAAUCAGAGAGAAGCCACACCUUUUUCAAACAAGAAUGUGUUCUCUUUUAAUGACCAGGACAUGCUGAAUGCCCUUCUAGAAUCCAAUUUCGAUCUUUUUGCUAAUAUCAUAGACGAUAGUUUAGGUGAGUUACCAAAUUUAUAA